AUGAACACAACAAGAAAAGUUGCUUCUCUAUUGUCGAAACACUCCUUCAGUCAUCAUCGUUCAUCAAAUUCUCUCAUCACUUCAAGAUUUAAUAGUUGGAAUUCUGUCCGAUGUUCCCAAGUUAGUGCAAAGGAUAUAAAUCAUACUUGCUUGGGAGAGCCUUCCAAAAAACACAAUACCGUGUCAAAAGUAGUAAACAUUUCAAUUUAUGAUAGAGAAGGCAAGAUACAUGAAAUCAAAGCAUACUCAGGAGAGACUCUCUUAGAAUCAAUGACUAGGGCAGGAGUUGAAGUUGCUGCCGAUCCUACUUGCAUGGGUGGAUGUGCUUGUGUUGGAUGUCAUGUGAUUAUUUCUGGAGAUUAUGAACAAAAGUUGCCACAAUGCAGUGAGGACGAAGCAGAAGUUCUGGAAGAAGCUCCUUUUGUACAUGAAAAUUCUAGAUUAGCUUGUCAAAUUAUUGUUGAAAAGAAGUAUGAAGGAAUGGUGUUGGCACUUCCUCCAAGAAGCAAUGAUGAAGCCAUGGAUCCAUACUUUAGAUUUUAA